AGUGGCGAGGUCGUUCGCGUCGUUCUCCGAUCCCGCUCCGCGCGCGCCGUGUUGUGUUCCCAGUGUCUCUGAUCGUUCUGUGCGUCAGUGCACGAACCCGCCACCUAAGACUGCGACUCUCGAAUUUCGAGCCGAUUUUCCGCGAACUUUUUACACCCCAAGCCCCUACGACCCCUGUUCUGCACGAAUUCGGACUUAGCACGCCGCCGAAUUGGCACAGUACUUUGGAAAGCUGUUUGCCCACAAACAUCGCGGCAACGGCCAAGUUGGCGAGAUGGACUUGGUGGUGGCCACCCCGGGGCAGCGGGUGCUGCCGCAGGCGUCGGCCGGGCGCAAGGCGGGCCUGCUGGGACCGCCGGGAUCGCGGGCCGGGCCCCAGCGGCGCCGCCACACGCCCAUCCCGGUGCCGCCGCCGCGGAUUCCGUCUCCGAUGCCGCCCCCGGGCUCGUUCAACAAACACCCCCACCCGAACAGCCAACUCAACGUGAAGAACCAAGAGAACCACCAUCACAGGAAAGACCAACACCAGAAAUGCCACAUGGACGAGAAUGGGGUGUCUUGGAUAAACCCACGCAUCUAUGGAGUGAGCCUGGGCCCUGAGCUGUCGCUGAUGCAGCACCCGAAGGGCGGCCCGCGUGCCGCGGCGCUGGCAUCGGCCAUGAGGAGCGGCUCGAGUCUCAACAGCGGCCGAGGAGACUCCGGCUCAGUCGUGUUGGACCCGGCCUCGCUGCUCGCAGGCAUGCACGCCUCGUCGUACAAGCUGGGCCGCUACCCGGAGCACCACCACCUCGCCUAUGUGCCGCCGAUGUGCAGCAACGGGCCGCAGGGGGCCGUCAUGCAGGCCUCGGCCGCCGCCGCUUUUUUCGCAAGAGCGGCCCAAAAGCUGAAUUUGUCGUCACCACACCGGCGCAAGCGACACUCGUCAGGCGAAGAUGAAGCGUAUUUCCGCACCGACUUCAGCGGCGCCUUGCAGCGAUCGCCGCCGUCGGUGCCGCCGGCGCUGCUGCGUCGCAUCGGCGUGCGUGAAGUGUCGACGGUUGGCAAGGUGAAAGUAAUGCUGAGGGUGGCGAGUGCGGCAGUGGCCUCGGACGCGUGUGCAGCGUCCGGAGCGUCCAACGUGGCCGCGUCGUCGUCUUCCUUCUUCAACGUCGACACGCGCAGGAAGCAAGUAACGUUGUUCGACCCUGCCACCUGCGGAGGCGCUUCCACGGCCCCUGAGGAUCGUAGAGUAGGGGUUGCUGCACCCAAAAUGUUCGCCUUCGACGCCAUUUUCACCGCGGAUGACUCACAGAGCGAAGUGUGUUCGAGUGCUCUCACUGACGUCAUCCACGCGGUCAUCAACGGCUCGGACGGCUGUCUCUUUUGCUUCGGCCACGCUCGACUGGGUAAAUCACACACCAUGUUGGGCAAUGGCGACUCACAGGCCCUCGGAGUUAUCCCGUGCGCCAUUUCCUGGCUCUUCAGGGGCAUCAACGAGCAGAAACAGAAGACUGGCGCCCGGUUUUCGGUGCGGGUGUCCGCGGUGGAGGUUGCUGGACAGUCUCAACACCUGCGUGACCUGCUGGCCGGCUACGCAAACGAUUGUGAACAGAGUCCUGGCGUGUACCUCCGAGACGACCCUCUGUUAGGAGCUCAGUUGCAGCACAACAGUGAGCUGAGGGUGCCGACGGCCGAAAAGGCGGCCUUCUAUCUGGACGCGGCCGUGGCCGCCCGGACGAGGGUCUCCAACGUGCCUGGCGAGGAGCCGAGGGACUCUCACCUUCUCUACACCCUCCACGUGUACCAGUAUAGCGUAGACAAGAGUGGCAAGGGCGGAGUCGCUGGAGGCAGGAGUAGACUACAUUUGCUGGACCUGGGCAGUUGCGAGCGCGGCAGGACGUCUGGUGGCAUCCCACUCUCAGGGGUAGCCAACGUUUUGCUCGCAAUCUUCAACGGACAGAAGCACCUUCCAUACAGAGAACACAAACUGACGCAGCUUCUGAAAGAGUGCCUGGGUUCGCUGACCUGCCACGUGGCGAUGAUAGCCCACGUGUCACCUCUCGCCCAAAACUAUAUGGAAACGUUGUCCACCGUCCAACUAGCCGCCAGGAUACACAGAAUGAGGAGAAGGCGGAUAAAGUUUGGUUGUGGAGCAGCCGGCUCUGGUGGCAGUUCCGGCGAAGAUUCUCGUCUUCCAGGCACCAGCAGCAGCGACGUCGAUCCGUCCAGUUCGGAGCAGUCGGCAGACACGGUCAUCUACGUCGGCCCCUCGGACGACGCGACGGAUGGCGAGCACCCGCCGGUGUACAUCCCCAGCCUCAACUCGGGCGACAACCGAUGUGCCAUGGGCAAGGUGCUCAGGGGCUCGAGUGCGGAAAGGCAGCCUUCCUCGCUCAGAGGAUCGCCAGCCAAGGCGAAACUGCCCUCGUCGUCGGAAGGCAGCCCCGCCAAGUCAGCCAAAUCGUCCAAAAUUCCAGUCCGGCCGUCUGGAGCGACGCCCAAGUCGCCACAAGUCAGUAGACAGACGAAAACGAAGACGCCGGGGGGAAAAAGCGAUGAACAGUGGAUUGACGGGCCUCGUAUUUCGCGUUCGAAAGUGGCCGAAGCGCGGAGUCUGCUCAAAGAAAGCCACAAACGCGAGACCUGGGUGGACGGACCUCAAGCCCCGGGGGCUCCUGCCGCCGCUGUCGUCGCCGUCGUCGCCACCGCUGUUGGCACGACUGCCGCUCCUGCCGCCGCCACGGCUGCAACCGCCACCGCCGGCACCACCGCGAUUCCGGCCACCCAAGGUUACGGCUACAUGGACAAUCACAAGAAGUGCAUGAUCCAACGCUGGGUUGAGAACCAGACCGUGCAGAUCCAGCAGAAGCUGAUGAAGUCUCAAGUCGUUGGUCAGCCCGAGUACAAGGAGAUGACGCAGUUCAAGACCUGCGAGGACAGCGAGACCAGCCCCGACGCCGAGGAGAGUCCCGAACUGCCCCCGCCGCAGCAGCCGGUUGCAAACCCCGCGGAGGAGCCGAAAGAGCAGACUGUGCUACCUCCGGAGGUGGCAGAGGAGGAAGAGGACGACGAAGACUGCGUCAGCGAGCUGCCGCCGCCUCUGCCUCUACUUCACCAGCAGCACAAACAGGAAGCAAGCAAAGACGCGUCCGUGAACAACUACGAACUCAAGCUGCAAAUUUUGGAAGAGAGGAGACGCACCAUGGGUGCUGACGCAGACGUCGGCGGAGUCGACGACAUUGAGAUUAUUGAGGUUGAAGAGCCACUGGAGCCCGUGCCAAUGCAAGACUGCUGCCUUCAGGUGACUGAAGAAGACAUAGCGCUUUGUAUGGGAGAGUUUUAUAUGCCGGAGAGCGAAACUGAAGGCGAUGAACAUCCACUUAGGGUCCUAAGCCAAGAAAAUCUUACAGUAGUUUCAACAUUUACAGAUUCAUUAUCCGUCACGACCGACCUGGACCGCGGCAUCCCAGGCAGCCACUCACUCCUCUCCGAAGAGCUGCUGACCUCAAGCUCCACGGACAAAAUCAUGUUCCCACGCAAACUAGACCCCAUAUCGAAGCUGCACGAGUUGUACAAGAACCCAGGCGGUCUGGACACAAGCAAAGGUCCGUCGCGGUGCCAAGCCAUCACCAUCAACGACAUGCUGUACGGGUCGACGACUGCGGCGCCUUCGGCAGCCACCACGACCGCGCCCGACGCCAAAAUGUGCCUGGCCUGCAGACAGGUGAUGAGCCGGGGGCUUUGGUACCCGUCGCUGGCCGUCGAGGGCUCCCACCUCUGCUCCCAGCACCUGCAGGAACACCAGAGCAAGUCUUGGUACAACUCUGGCGUCGAACCGACCGUACCUGAGGCAGAUCAGCCCCUCAAGCUGCCCAAGGGAAUUGCUAACAGCAGCAUCGCGUCGCUCAGACACCCAGACGGAGCGUCCAACCCUAAUUUGGACAAGCAGGAGGAGCAAGUCAUCCGCUCGAGGUUUCCUGGCAACGGAGCUGCAUCCGAUCACGAUGACGAACCAGUUGAAUCUCACGAGGAGCGAACUGUGACUGGAAAAUCGGACGACGAUGAAAGCACCGUGAUCACCAGCAGUCUACCCAGCUCAAACCCCAUAGCGGCGAACACGGGCAGCAAAACACCACGGCUGACGCGCCUGUUCGCCGGCGCCAGACGCAGUCCUGGAAAGUCGCCGCAGAAGUCGCAAGGCAGCAAAAAGCAAAAGACAAAUCGAGCUCCCAGCAGCGAAGGCUACGACAGCGGCCUGGACUCUGUGAUCGUGGUGACGAGGACGUCAAAGUCUCCGUCACACCAGGUGUCCGGGGCGUCCGGGGGCUGCAAGAGGGGCGCCUCCUCGACGGUCCACUGCGAGAGCUCGGGCUACGAGAGCGUCCAGCGAGACUCGGAGUGCUCCAGCCUGGCGUCCAGUCACGAGUCCAACGAGGGGGUGGAGGCCACCCCGCCACCACCCCCUGCGCAAGAGCAGCCGCCGGCGCCGAACAGCAAAAAAGCCACUGCCUCGACCAACACGGGGCCGACCGGCUGGUGGAGGCUGUUCCCCAGCUGCGCCAGGAACAAAAUGCGGACCCCUUCGGUCGAUUGGUAGUAGCGCGGCUGAAUUAUUCUUGCUGUCGCAAAAUCGUUUUAUGUUAUUUAUACACGUGGAUGUGCUGGGUUGGUGUGCGAGCUGGAGAAACCGUCUUUGAUUUUUGUUUUCACAGCAGCAUUUUUUCUUAUCAGCCCAAUCUUGUUCUUAAAUAAUUUAAUUUUAUAUCUUAAUAGUUUCUAUUCGUUGCUGCUGCUGAUGCCUCUGUCAAUUUGUUUUACAACUUUCUCUAUUUUGCUGCACAAACGCAGACCUAGAAAAAAUGCCAAUUUUGAUAUUCAACACAAUACCCUCCAAAAUGUAGAUUAUAGCCAUUAUCAGAAUGUAUAUCAAUAUAGUCAGUAUGGAAACUCAAAUAUCCUCUACCCUUCGAAAAGCGAAAAAAAAACAAUUUGUAUGAAAAUAUCUCUUUCACGUUUGUGGCAAAGGCUGCUUAUCAAGUCAAAAUCAGAAACACAUUCAUUCCACAACAUAAAUUUGAUGUUUCAAGAAUAAAACUCACCAUCUGAUUUUCCCCUAAAAAAACUCACAGACUGCAUUUUGCUACUUGAGUGUUUGAAUAUGAUCUUAGCUCUUACUUUUAUACAUACAAAUAUGUAAGAAUGCUAAAAAUUGCCUUUUGACAUGAACAAUACACUCGCGCCUAUUUUGAUUAAUCUGCAUAGUUGUUUAGCCUCUAAUGUUUUUUACAUCCCCAUCAAAACAAAAGAGAGCUUACACCGCAUCAGGAAAAUCGAAAGUUUCUACUUUUUUACAUUUUCAAGGGAAAUUCUUAAAAAAUGCGCAAAACUAGAAAACAAAUUACCGUAUCUCAAAAUUCUACCUGCUGAGAAGAGUGUUUGAACAACAUUCACUCGUAAAUGUAAAUUUUGUAUGUUAUUAGUCAUGAUAUAACUUAUUUACUGUACAGCAAUUGUAACAAUUUGUUAAGAUAUUGAAUGGUGUACAUCUGUUAAUUAUGAUCGCUAUACCUAUGUUCAAAGUGUAAUUAUUGUAAAUAAAAGUGUUUCUCAUAAGUAUCAGAAUCAA